AUGGGUGGUCUCAGCAGAACCCCUUCCCGGCAAGAGUCCGUAAAGGAGGAGGCUGUGGUUGAGGUCAAACGCGAGGAGUCAGUGAAUGGUGAGCCAACUGAGGAGCCGCGCAACGCCCGCGUAGCCGCCAUCAAGCAUGAAGACUCUGCCAGUCCUUCAGACUCGCCAUUUUCCGAAGAUUUCCCACGCAAAACAUCCCGCUCCUCGUCCACCUCGACUGCGGCCGGCGACCGGGACAAUAUGAACGGUCGCGUCAGUGCCAAGAAGAAGCCUGAGGAGGUAGAUGCGAAUGGCCACACUUCACCCUCCACCUCACCUGUCAAGCCUGAACCAAAAGCAUCCUCGAAGCCCGCCAAAGCCGCCCGAGGAGCCGCCUCCAAACUCCCUCCCCGUAUCGCUCCUUUACUCAAUGACCUUCCUGACGCCACGGAAGAAGCGACCUCUACCUUCACCGUCAUCGAUAGCUGCACCUACCAAAAUAAAUACCUGGGUUUCAGUGAACAUGCGCUGGACUGUGACUGCUCGGAAGAAUGGGAUCCCACGACCAAGCAGAAUCUCGCAUGUGGCGAUGAUUCCGAUUGCAUCAACCGUGCCUGCAAGAUGGAAUGUGCCGACGAUUGUAGCUGUGGUCCUUCGUGCCAGAAUCAGCGGUUUCUCCGUCGCCUCUACGCCGAUGUGUCGGUCGUCAAGACGGAGAAAAAAGGUUAUGGUCUUCGUACUAAUGUCGAUCUUCGGCCGCACGAUUUCAUUUUCGAGUACAUUGGCGAGACUAUCCCCGAGGCUACUUUCCGCAAACGCAUGAUCCAAUACGACGAGGAAGGCAUCAAACAUUUCUAUUUCAUGUCCUUGAGUAAGGGUGAGUUCAUCGAUGCUACCAAGAGGGGCAACCUUGGCCGGUUCUGCAACCACUCUUGCAAUCCUAAUUGCUACGUUGACAAAUGGGUUGUGGGCGAGAAGCUUCGGAUGGGCAUUUUUGCCGAACGUUACAUCAAGGCUGGUGAAGAACUUGUCUUCAACUAUAAUGUCGACCGUUAUGGUGCCAACCCACAGCCUUGUUAUUGCGGCGAAGCCAACUGUACAGGAUUUAUUGGCGGCAAGACUCAAACGGAGCGAGCCACCAAGCUCUCUGCUGCCACCAUCGAAGCUCUUGGUAUCGAGGAUGGUGAUUCUUGGGAUACCAUGGUGGCCAGACGUCCUCGCAAAAAGAAGGCCACGGAAGAUGAUGAAGAAUACGUUGACAGCCUCGAAGCCAAGUCGCUGGACGCCGAUGGUGUUACCAAAGUCAUGGCCGCGCUCAUGCAAUGCAAGGAGAAAUGGAUCGCCGUCAAGCUCCUGCAGCGAAUACAACGUUGUGUUGAUGACCAGGCAUGGCACCGGGUGGUGAGAUUCCACGGAUACCAAAUAUUAAAUUCGCAGCUUGCCGCCUGGAGGGACGACGAAAACAUUGUCUUGCAAAUCUUGGAUAUACUGGAUCAGCUACCUAGGCUCACCAGGAACAAGAUUGUCGAUGCGAAAAUAGAACAGACGUUGCAGCCAUUGACAACACAUCCCGAUGAGAGAGUCGCAAAGCGUGCGUCAGCGUUGCUCGAUGCUUGGUCAAAGCUCGAGUUGGCUUACCGAAUACCUCGGAAGAAGAGGGAAAACACCUCAGCUCCCCUUAAAACAGAACCUACUCCCUUUGAAAGACGAGAAUCAGCCCAGGAACGCAAACGAUCCAGGUCUCGCUCACGCUCUCCCUCCCGAACUCCGCCCCGGGGUCCAUCGAAUGCGCCUUCUGGCCCCAAGUCGUCACAACGACCUGCCAAAUUCCUCGGCCGCGGACCCCCAUCGUUCAGCCGAAAUCCACCACCUCUGCCCCGUGGCUGGUUUGCAGCUCAGGACAAAGGGAGAACAUACUAUUAUUCGGCUAAUGGGCAAACAACCUGGUCGAGACCGACCAAGCCAGCCGACGAGCCGCCUCCACCACCGAAACAGCCAUCCGAACAGGAUGUUCUCAAGAGUAUCAUCGACAACAUCGUCACCUCUCGUGGCAAGGACACCAAGACAUCCACUCCCGACACUCCCGAGCCCACGAAGGUGAAGAAGGAGGAGAAAUGGAAAUCGUACGACGAAGAGAAGCAGAAAAAGCUGUAUGAAAAUACGCUUUUCCCACACAUCGCCCACGUAAUGAACAAAUACAAGCACAAGAUUCCACGCGACGAUCUCAAAAGAUUUGCCAAAGAAGUUGCCAAAAAGCUGGUGGCUUCGGACUACAAAGCUGGCAGGGUGAAAAAUCCCACGAAAAUCGAGGAGCGGCAACAGAAAAAGGUCAAGGAAUUCUGCAAGCAGUUCUUCGAAAAGGCCUACCAGAAGCACAAAAAGCACGAAAUGGAAAAGGCGGCCAGAGGCAAAGGGAAGAAGGCAUCUGCAAACAGCGAGGCUGUUGCGUCAUCGACAGAGUCACCUCACGUUGAGGAUGUAUCUCCUGAGGACGAAGCCGAGGACGUCAAAAUGUCGGAGGAUGAUGAAGAUGUUGAGGAGACAACUGGCGCAGAAACUCCCAUGGAGCCCAACGGCAGCGGAUCACUGAAACGAAAGCGUCUGGACGGUGACGACCCGUCGCCUCUGGGAGACGAAGAGGAAGGCGAACCAACGGGCUCACCAUUGAAGAGACUGAACCUUGACGUUGAGGUGCCACCUCCCCCGCCCCCUCCUCCUGCGCCACCGGUCGAAACACCACCGGGCAGUACACCGCGAGAUGGUGAAGCGGAAGGAGAGGGAGAGGGAGACGUGGAGAUGGAGACCGACAUUUAUUCGGACACCAAUUUCAAGAGCCAGAGUAUGGCGGAUGUCCUUGCUCAAGCGCAGGAAGAAGACGAGGGUGAUGGCCCAGGUGGAGGGGAAGGGGAAGGUGUAGGGGAAGGGGAAGGUGUAGGGGAAGGGGAAGGUGUAGGGGUAGGGGAAGCAAAUCAGGCGACAAAGGUUGGAAUUGGAGUUGACAUGGAAUUGGACAAUCCUCUGGUCGACGGACAGGAGUCUGAUGCCGUUUUGGCCAACGCAGACGCAAGCAGAGAGGGAGACCGGGACCGAUGA